CGCCAUCGUUGAGAAACCACCGCGACCUGUCAAUUCAAUUCCUAAUAUCCCAAGUACCACACACAAGCAUAAUGGAACUGAUGACGCCUGAGACCACCGUGGCCGAACGGUCCAAGCACAAGGUCACGCUCAACGUGUUGUUUUCGUUGAUUGGCAUCGGGUACCUCUUCCCGUUCUCGGCGCUCACGCAGCCCGUGGACUACUGGAAGUUCCUGUUCCCUGACGUCAACAUUGAGUUUUACAUCACGUGUGUAUUCUUGUACACGAACUUGAUUACGCUGGGCCUCGUGGUUGCGUUUGGGUCGACCGACACGGCGACGUACGCCAGCCGCAUCGUGGGUGGAUUCGGGGGCCAGUUUCUUGUGCUCAUGAUCGUACCCACGGCGUACUUUGUUGUGUCGUCCCACAAUGCGUACAUGGCCGUGGUGCUCGUGGCCACGGCGUUCGCAGCCGUCGCGACCGCUUUCCUGGACAGUUGUGUCAUUGCGCUGGCGGCGACAUACCCCGUGCAUGCUCAAGAAGCGCUCCAAUUUGGCGUGGGGCUGAGUGCGCUGAUUGGGAGUGUGUUCCGGGUCUUCACCAAGCUCGUUUUUCCCAUCGACGCCGUCGUCGAGUCGAGCGCGAUGUACUUUUACAUUGGCGCCAUCACCGUGGUCGUCUGUGUCGGUGCGUUCCACAUGCUCAUGCGUCUGAAACGGCAUGUCGAGUUUGAACCCACGUCCUCGUACCACGCGCCACCAAUCGACGUUGCUUUGUCGCCCAUGAAUCGGUGGAAUGUCCUUCGACAAUGCUAUCGCCAGGAACUGCUCGUGACGCUCUCGUUCUUCACAACGCUGUGUCUGUGGCCGCCCCUCGUCACAGAAAUGACCAGCUUCAACUUUCCCGAUCUCCAAAGAUCGGGGUGGUGGCCCCUGAUCCUCCUCACCGUGUUCUCCGUGAUGGAUUGCAUCGGUCGUGUAUUGGUGCCGUAUCGCUUUGGCUUGACCAAGGACACGAUCUGGAAGCCAGUGGUCCUGCGUAUGCUCUUGAUUCCGUGCAUCGUCAUGACGGUGCAGCGCGUGUGGUUCACGCACGACGCAUGGUCGGUCUUGUUUGUCGUGCUCUUGGGGCUCUCGAACGGGUACUUUGGCUCGCUCACGAUCCUCGUGGUCAACGAAAGUGUGGACGAGCGAGAUCGGGGCGUCGCGGGCACGUUCACAGGUUUCUUUUUGAUUGCCGGGUUGGUCCUGGGGUCGACUAUGGGCUUGAUUUACAUGCAUGUUACCCAUCCUUGAGCCUGUAAUUGGAUAUUAUCAACUAUCAAUAGUUCAACAUUCAUAAUAAAUCUUAUACAGUUGGAUUAUCAAUUAAUUAUCAAUAGUACAACAUACAUAAAUCGUA